UUCCCAGGUUCCCUGAAGGCGGCACCAACAUAGCAAUGGCGGUACAGUUCUUUGAGUAGUUGCUUCGGUGUGGUUAAGUCUGAGUAAACUACUACUUGAGAUUGGAAUACCUCACCUCGGCCAUGUUUCAUCGACACAUUUUACGGACAUGUUUAUUCCCGAGUAGAGUGGCAAAACUCGGUCGUUUGCAACCUGUUUACAGAGCCCAGGCCGCCGAACAUUGUCGUCAUCACCAAACCCUCCAUGGUGGUGCCUGUGGGAAAUUGCCCCAACACCAAGAGAGUCCGCUUUGUACCGGAAGUGACGAGGUGCGCCUGGCAGAGGAGGCCAGCAGGAAGUAUGGCCCCCAGGCUCCGACCAUCUUCUCCAAAGUCAUCGACAAAAGCAUCCCUGCAGACAUCAUCUACGAGGACGACAAGUGCUUGGCUUUUAGGGAUAUCAGUCCGCAGGCCCCGGUGCACUUCCUGGUCAUUCCAAGGAUCGCCAUUCCCAGGAUAAGUCAAGCCCACGAUGAUGAUGCUGAGCUCUUAGGACAUUUACUGGUGGUGGCCAAGAAUGUGGCCGAGCAACAAUCGCUAACCGAAGGUUAUCGAGUGGUCAUCAACGACGGAAAACACGGCGCUCAGUCCGUCUACCACCUUCACGUCCACGUGUUAGGAGGGAGACAGAUGACAUGGCCGCCAGGAUGAAUAACAGCUGUUUUUAAACCUUUGAUUGAUAACAACUGCGAGUGUGACGUGUCAGACGUGGCGCGAUGCACUGACCUGUGUGCACUUCAAGGAGGUUACUGCCAGUCACCCGGGAGCCAACAUGAACUUUGACCUACAUUUCCUUCCAACAACAAAAGGCUGCAGGUUUGCCUUGUGUCACAUUUGAGUCUUUUGGCUGCACGUCAAGUUGUCGUGUUCACGCCGUGGAAAUCCUACAAACAAGUGGACCCUCCAAGUCAAACAUGUUUUCCCCCCCACAGAAAAUCAUGCAAUCUGUUCCAGGGUCAAACUGUCACCCUAUAAAAACCCUUAUUACCUGUACAUGUGAUGUUCAUUUUGCAUAGGAAACUCUUUGAUGAAUAUAACUGACUGAUGGUAACUUUCUUUGCUUGUUGCAGGAUCAGAUGAUAUUACAGUGAUGCAGUACAUGUUCUGUCAGAAUAAUA